UUCCGCCAUUGUCAUUUGCUAGCUAGCGAUUCCAAGGCAGUAGAGCAGUCGCAGUUCCGUGUGUGUUUGUCUCCGUAAUUAGCUAGUUGAACAAUAGCCAUAAUUAAUAUAUACACACAGUAUAUAUUAGUCUUGGAUAAUUCUCUCUUCCUGUGUGUUUUUGGGUACAUGUCCGGACAGUGAAUGAGAAGGGGGGUCCCUGAAGUAGGUCGUUGUGUAGGUUCAGCCGAAGAGGACCCCUGCUUCCCGGCCGGAGUGGAAGAUGUGCCAUGGGAUGGUGGCGCCUGAGACCCGAGCCUUCGCCCUCUCUCCCUGCGCCGCGCUGCUCCUCCUGGCCGUCCUCUCCACGGCGCACGCGUCAGUCUGCCGGCCGCCCUACGAGCCGGAGAACGGGGGCUACACCUGCCACCCGUCGCCCUGCCACCGGCUGACCCACGGCACCGUCAUCGAGUACUUCUGCGACGAGGGCUACGCGCUCAAGGGGGACUACAAGUACCUCACCUGCGAGGACGGGGAGUGGGACUCGCCCAUGCAGAUCAGCUGCCACCUGAGCCAAGGUAAGGAGCCGCACUCUCCGCUGGGCGUGCCGGCCCUCUCCAUCGUGGCCUCAACCGCCAGCUCCGUGGCGCUCAUCCUCCUGCUCAUCGUGCUCUUCGUCCUGCUGCAGCCCAAACUCAAGUCCUUCCACCACAGCCGACGGGAGCAGGGCGUGCCGGGGCAGCCGGUGUCCAUCGUGGUGGAGGGGGUGCAGGUGUCGCUGCCGUCCUAUGAGGAGGCGGUGUACGGCAGCGGGGGCGGAGCCGUGGCCCCCUCAGAGUCCCGGGUGCAGAUCGUGCUGUCGGAGGGCCCGCAGGCCGAGGGAGGAGAGGCCCCGGGGCAGCUGGGGGCGGAGCGACGCGUCCCCGGCCCCGCCCCUGGCCCCGCCCCCUCCACCUCCACUCACCUCUCAGAGACGGUGCUGGUUCACCAGGUGCCCUCCUCCUCCUCCUCUUCGUCCUCCUCCUCCUCGCCCUCCUGGGCGAGCGAGCAGCCGUGCGCCGCCGGGCCCCGCCCCCAGAGACGGGAUUCGGAGAGCAGCGACCAGCACAGCCUGCUCUCUCUCACCUCCGCCGAAGAGUUUGCCGAUGAUAUUCCGUUGUUGAAGGAGGCCUGAAUCGCUCUGCAGCCCUGCUGCUCUGACCUCCCUGCUGCUGCUGGCCAGGACUGUCAUGCUCCCCAAGCCUCCAUCUCUACCACCCAUACCCAUACCCCUGCCCACUGCUACUCUGUGCUCUCACACCCACAUACACACACACAUCAGAAUGGCCCCAGGUGUCCUCUAGCCAGAAAACUCACCCACAGGGAGAGCUCUCACACAACACAAGGCCUCAAGAAGUCACCGACCCGCCCUGUGUUGAUAUUUACCAUACAGAUAUAUACGGACUGUGGCCUACACACCAUUAAGCAUACUGGCAUCCAUAGUAUACAGACAUAUACAUUACCGACCCUUUAUCAGGCAGCUGGCAUAAGAGAGGAGGACAAACGCAUACAGUGUCUGGCAGGCAAAAACAAACAAAAAAAAAA